CAAUGACGCAGCCUUGGCAAGGCGGAAGUCGUUUCUCAUUGGUCAGUGUCGUUUAAGGAACAUUCAACAAACAAGAUAGGCUGAAUCACUGUCGGGAUGGAUGCAGCUACUCUAACAUACGACACUUUGCGUUUUGGUGAGAUCGAAGAUUUCCCAGAGACUUCAGAGCCUGUCUGGAUUUUGGGAAAGCAGUUCAGCGCACUAACAGGUUACUAAGCUGUUGUUCACACUAUUUUGACAUCCAACUCUCAACCAGAACUGAUUACUGUGUGAUUAUCAAGUACCUGUUUUGUUUUUGUUUCUCAAGUGAUUUCCUUCGUUCCUCAGAGAAGGAGGAAAUUCUGGCUGAUGUCACCUCACGUUUGUGGUUCACCUACAGGAAAAACUUUCAGCCAAUCGGUGGCACUGGGCCUACUUCAGAUACUGGCUGGGGCUGCAUGCUCCGAUGUGGACAGAUGAUUCUUGGAGAGGCCUUGAUCUGCAGGCACUUAGGUAGAGACUGGAAAUGGAGUCCAGGUCAGCGACAAAGAACGGAAUAUAUCAGUAUUCUCAAUGCUUUUAUUGACAAGAAGGACAGCUAUUUUUCCAUCCACCAAAUAGCUCAGAUGGGUGUAGGUGAGGGCAAGUCUAUAGGCCAGUGGUAUGGUCCUAAUACAGUGGCACAGGUACUCAAGAAACUGGCAGUAUUUGACACCUGGAGCCGACUGGCAGUUCAUGUAGCUAUGGACAAUACUGUGGUCAUAGAGGAAAUCAAAAGAUUGUGUAUGCCGUGGCUGGACUUUGAGAGAGGAGCCUAUGCAGCUUCUGUGGAACCUCAAGAGAUGAAUGGUGAUCUAGAGGGGGCGUGUGCUCUGGCAGAGGAUGAGACUGCUUUGUGGAAACCACUAGUUCUGCUGAUUCCUCUAAGACUAGGCCUAAGUGAUAUUAAUGAAGCUUAUUUUGAACCACUCAAGCAAUGCUUCAUGAUGCCUCAGUCUUUGGGAGUAAUAGGUGGGAAACCGAACAGUGCUCACUAUUUCAUUGGCUUUGUGGGUGAUGAGCUUAUUUAUCUAGACCCUCACACCACUCAGCCGUCUGUGGAUCCGAGUGAAGAUGGUCAGUUUCUGGACGAGUCUUACCACUGCCAGCACCCUCCAUGCCGAAUGCAUAUAUGUGAGCUUGACCCCUCCAUUGCAGCUGGGUUCUUUUGUCAAACAGAGGAUGAUUUUGAUGACUGGUGCGCACAGAUUCGUAAGGUUUCAAACUGUAGAGGCCUCCCUAUGUUUGAGUUAGUGGAAAGUCAGCCAUCUCAUCUAAUUACUGCAGAUGUACUUAAUCUCACUCCAGACUUCUCUGAUUCAGACCGACUGGAGCGUUUCUUUGAUUCUGAAGACGAAGAGUUUGAAAUCCUGUCUCUGUGAAGAAAUAUUACAGUUGCCAGUCUUUUAGAAUCGGAUGGCAGAGCCCCCUCCAAAGAAAAGAGGGGAGGGAGAGAGACAAAGAAAAAAUAUCAUUGACGUCCAUGGCCAGUGUGGCAUUUGGUGGCAUAGUCAACCGCGUCAAACACACAGCUUUCUUCUUAAACUGCUAUACUGACUGAUCUGUGUCCUCCUGAGUGAGCCAAAGUCAAGGCUCAUAGUAUCUUCAUAUACCAUCAUGUACUUGCAUUUAAGUGUAUCUAAGUCUUAACACUAUAGAUUUAUUUUUAAGUGAUAUGGUGCCUUUUUACCUUUAAACACAGGUUUGCCAUAACACGUUUUAAGGUAUUGGUUGGAAUAACUGCUUAUCAGAUUUGAUUUAGCAUUUACUUUCGACAAGUGAUGGUUUUGGACCUGUAUUAACUUGUAAAUGGCAAUCAAGGAAGGUUGAUCAUUUACAUACUGGGACUUUUUCACGUUCAGAAUGUCUUUACACAAGUUUAUUUUAUGAAUAUUUAAUUUGGAUUCAUUAAAAAUAAUAAACAAACAAUUAGUUUUAAGUUUGUUAAUAAUGCAGCACAGUCAAAUAUAAAAAAAAUUCUCAUUUGAGCUAGCUGAUUUGGAGGAGCAGUUCACCUCCACAGUGUUCCAAUUGGCACAUUCUCUGAUAAACUGAUAAUAUUCUCACUUAAAAGCUUAAUAUCUUUGUGCACUUCUUCAAUGGUUCUUGCUGCAUCAAUUACCUGGAUAAGGAAAUCAUGAAAAACAAGUUUACGUAUUAUAAAUACAUGCUGUAAAACACAUUCAGUCCUAAAUGUAAAAAAACCCUCACCUUCCAGUUUACAGAGGUAUCUUCCAUUAGCUCUUUAAACCUUUGAUGAACUGUGUUUUGGAAAUGGCUUGUUUCGUACCGUUCAGAUCCAAACUCCCCACGGUUUUCUGCCACACUAGGAUUAAGCUGCAGAAACAUCACCAGGUCUGGCUUUGGCAAUCCCACAUCUGGAUUCUUGCACCAAUCUAUAGAAAAGCCCUGAACAUAUAAAACAACUAAACUCAUUUUUAGACUUGAUUUCUGAUAUUGUUGACUUAUAAAAGUAAAAUGAUUUAAUGGACAUAUGUGCUGUAAUCAUGUUUGUAUAAAGAAUUAAUCUCAACAUCA